AAGCCUUCGCAGACGUUCUUCGUCGUUUACCCCUUUCGCCGCUAUAUCGUAAAAAAAAGCUUUUAACGAGCAUGCGCUGAGUGAAAGUGAUCUGGCUCUUUAAUUUAUCUGACGCCGUUUACCGGACGGACUGAGAUCUGUAGCUUUUAUUUAAGCGGGUUAAAGCGACCACGAGAAACGGCCGCCCAGGGUGAAAAAAUUCAUUACACCCUCUGUUUUGUCGCAGGUUUGGUGACGUCCAAUAAUCGACUUGCUGUGAAGUCUCUGGGGCCGAGGCCUAGAGACAUUUUUUUUUUGUAACGGGCGCUAUAAAAAUAUUGGUGUCGAUGCUUAACUACAUUUAAGGUGCCCGUUUUGACCGGAUAUGAACCAAUGAAGCACUUUAUACUGUAACUGAAGCUUUAACGGUGGGAAACGUUAGCCAGCUAAUUAAAGCUACUGCUAACUGCCAGCGAGGAAGUGAGGAACGAAAAAAAUGACAUCUCGGAGGUGGUUUCACCCCAACAUCACAGGUGUGGAGGCUGAAAACCUCCUGCUGACUCGUGGAGUGGACGGGAGCUUUUUAGCCAGACCCAGUAAAAGCAAUCCAGGAGACUUCACGCUCUCAGUACGGCGAAAUGGAGCAGUCACCCAUAUUAAGAUCCAGAACACAGGAGAUUACUACGACCUUUAUGGCGGGGAGAAGUUUGCCACACUUGCAGAGCUGGUGCAGUAUUACAUGGAACAUCAUGGACAACUGAAAGAGAAAAACGGUGACGUUAUUGAGCUCAAGUAUCCACUCAACUGUGCAGAUCCCACCUCAGAGAGAUGGUUCCACGGACACCUGUCGGGCAGGGAGGCUGAGAAGUUGCUCACUGAGAAAGGCAAGAAUGGCAGUUUCCUGGUGAGGGAGAGCCAGAGCCAUCCGGGAGAUUUUGUUCUAUCGGUCCGUACUGGAGAUGACAAAACAGACAGCAGUGACAGUAAACCUAAAGUCACUCAUGUCAUGAUCCGCUGCCAGCAUGACCUGAAGUAUGAUGUGGGUGGAGGGGAGAAGUUUGACUCCCUCACAGACUUGGUAGAGCACUACAAGAAGAACCCUAUGGUUGAAACUCUGGGCACUGUGCUUCAGCUUAAACAGCCUCUGAACACUACCCGUAUUAACGCAGCAGAGAUUGAGAGUCGAGUUAGGGAGCUUAGCAAACUAGCGGAGGCUACAGACAAGGUCAAACAGGGAUUCUGGGAAGAAUUUGAGACCUUACAGCAACAAGAGUGCAAGUUGCUCUACAGUCGUAAAGAGGGCCAGAGACCAGAGAACAAAAACAAGAACCGAUACAAGAACAUUCUGCCUUUCGACCACACACGCGUGGUGCUGAAAGACGGGGACCCAGAUGAGCCAGGCUCUGACUAUAUCAACGCCAAUAUCAUCAUGGUAGUAUCCACUGUCAUGCCGGAUUUGGACUCAAAGUGUAAUCAAGGCACCAAGGUGAAGAAGAGCUACAUUGCCACUCAGGGCUGUCUACAUAACACCAUCAGUGACUUCUGGAGGAUGGUUUUUCAGGAGGACUCUCGAGUCAUCGUCAUGACCACCAAAGAGGUAGAAAGAGGGAAGAGUAAGUGUGUGAAAUACUGGCCAGACGUGUCAGCGCUGAAGGAGUAUGGGGCUAUGCGUGUUCGCAAUGUCAGAGAGACGUCUGCACAUGACUACAUCUUAAGAGAACUGAAACUUUCCAAAGUUGGACAGGGCAACACAGAACGUACAGUUUGGCAGUACCACUUUAGGGCCUGGCCAGAUCAUGGAGUCCCCACUGACCCAGGCGGUGUACUUGACUUCUUAGAAGAGGUCAACCUGAAACAGGAGAGCAUAUUGGAUGCUGGGCCAAUAACGGUACAUUGCAGUGCAGGGAUUGGGCGGACAGGAACCUUUAUAGUGAUUGACAUCCUAAUAGAUGUGAUCAGAGAAAAAGGAGUGGACUGUGACAUUGAUGUGCCGAAGACCAUACAGAUGGUUCGUUCUCAGCGUUCUGGGAUGGUGCAGACUGAGGCACAAUACAGAUUCAUCUACAUGGCUGUACAGCACUACAUAGAAACAUUGCAGAGGCGCAUAGAAGAAGAGCAGAAAAGUAAGAUUAAGGGACGUGAGUACACCAACAUUAAGUACUCUUUGUCUGACCUGACUGGAGGAGAGCAGAGCCCUCUGCCUCCUUGCACUCCUAUUCCUACUCCCACCUGCACAGAGAUGAGGGAGGACAGCUCCAGGGUGUAUGAAAAUGUGGGGCUGAUGCAGCAACAGAAGAGCUUCAGAUGAGAUUCAUCUUUUGAUACCAGUGCUCUAUCAGCUCCAGGAUCUUGAUACCUGACAGUUUUUUCGCCAGCCACACCUUGACGCCUGAGACUUGACCGUAAUGAUAUGGAACAAUGGGGGGGAAAAAAAACAAGAACAUACACUCACACACACACACAAACACACAAGACACGAGGUAGACCAGAAACUGGGGUUGCCCUCCUGUUCUUGCUUAUUCUUACGUGAACAAUUUCCCUCUAGUUGAAUUCUAAACCACUGUGAUCGUCAGAAGAGCCUUUGAGAAGCCUAACAUGCUAAAUCUACUACUAAACCACAGUUUGGGUUUAGGCUUUGUAAAUCUCACUGCAAAAAGGGCUGCCAACAGCGAGCACCCUCCUCAGAGGGAAAAGAACCUAACUAAUCUUUGCUCAUCUCUCAUUCUUCUGUGUAUUUUUUUUUUUUUUUAAAUUAACCAAAGGAAAGUGAAAUUGAUCGUUUGUAGAUGGAAGUGAAGAGUUUACUGAAAAAGGCCUGUGCCAAACCCACACAUAAUUUUAUUCACACUUUGCACCUAGUUAUACGGUCUUUGGGCUCAACAAAAGUGGGGAAAAACUUCCAGUGGUUUUUACUGUUGAUUUGUAACUACACAAAUUAAUUUUUCUGUGGCAAAAACACCUCAAAGAGAAACAAAAAUUCAGGUUCUUGGGAGUGUAAUUAACUUCUUUGUCUCCUAGUUCACGAGUUUAGUACGCUUUCAUUAGGAUUAACAGUGUUGGUUAAUCAUUCCAGAGCUCAAGCCGAAUGUCCUUAAUGCUGCACUUUGAAUUGGCAGCAUUAGUUUCAGUUAAGCCUUGAUUCAUCUGGUGGAUUUAUGAAUCUGGAUUUUUGGGAGGAGUUUCCUGAAGGUAUGCACUUAUGUUGCAAAGUCAGGAUGUUGAUAUAUUAGGACUUCAGGGGAGUCUCUGUAUGUCAGUUGCAGGCAUUGCCAUAUGCUGAUGGCUGCCAAAAAGAUGUCUCUUUUUUUUUUCUUUUUUUUUUUUUGUAAGUGCAUUUUCCCUUUUUUUAUUAUUCUUUUCUUGUUAAGGAUAAAUGCCUUUAUAUACCAUUGCCUAUUUUGAACACCACAUGUACUUAAGUUUAAAAGUUUGUUCUAGGAAGUAAUCACACAUCAGUUUUGGUAGUAGAUUAAUUGUUAUGGUUGUGGUCAGUUGGAUUUAGGAGUUUAUACACACAAACACACAUUCACACAUAAGUACACAUGUUUUAUAGGAGAGUAUUUUCUGGUCUUUCUUUUGUGUGUCAAUCAAAGUGAACAGUUUUAUUGGAAUACUUUGACAUUUUGGAGAAAAACAAUCAUUUACUCCAGAUAAUACGAUGGAUCCCACUCUCACAUCUGUAAACUAUGAAGCUAUAGCUAGUAGCUAUUUGUUUAGCAUAGUUUUGCAGAGAGACUGAAAACGAGGGAACAGCUAUGUUAAGUCUACUUAAAGGUAAAUCAAUAAAAACAAAUAUUCGGAUUAAUAGUAUUUUUAUACAUGUUUAAUGACAUCACUAUCCUAAAUUAUCUGUAAAGAAACGUACUUUAGUUCUAUCAAAUCCAUAAAACCAUGCUGAUGUUAAGUUACACAUUGGACUUAUGAAAAGUACUUGUGUUACUUUUUCUAUAUCUGCUAAUGUCUGGGUGCUCUUUAUUCUCAGAUAAUAGUAAUAGACACCUGGUUCAAAUUGACCCGUAUUCUUUUUGGUUUGUUCACUUUUAUGUAACUUGUGAUGUUUAUUCUAGAGUCUGCAUGGAGCAGCUAUCAGGUCCUCCUUAGGCCCAGCCUGGUAUAUGAAAGUUGUAUUGUUAUCAUGUAACUUGCUAAUAUUUACUAUUUGGCAUCACAUGCAGAAAAAAAAGGGGUUUUAAAGAUGUCAUCACUUUUGUAGAUAUUCACCAAUUUGAUCUCAUAAUGGCACUACAUGAGUAUCCUCAGGGAAACUUGAAUGUACCUUGCAUUCAAGAUUUGCACCAGAUUUAAUGGCUGUUCAUCUGUUAGUUACUGAGAUGAUUUAAGUCUGGACCAAAGCAGUGGACUGACUGAUUGAAAUUGCCAUCUAUAGUGCAGUGCUCGAAGGAUGACUAACAUCACCAUGGUUUUAUGAGGAAGCGUAUGCUGGAAGCGAUUCUUGACUGUGUUUAUACAGACUAGCCUUAUGCUAAGCUAGGCUAAUCACCAGCUUUAUAUUCAAAGUGCAGAUAUGAGAGUGGAAUCUUAUCAGCUAACAGUAAGAAAUGAAAAUGUAUUUUCUUAAAUGUCACUGUUUCUUUAUCUUCACGAUCAGCUUCAGUAUUAGGAUAGUCACUCUUUUCGAACAUGUGGUCUCAGUAUUUUGUCAAGCAUUGUCAGUUUCUGCACAUUUGCUUACCAUCACUAUGCCUUGAGAAACUGCAGUCUUGCGAUUGAACUUGCUGUAACAGUGCUGACUCAGAAUCUCUCCUUUUGAGAAAAAGGAAGAAGCGGCUUGCCUUGUGGAUAGUUCUCCGUAACCACUGAUCUCGGACUGAACAGCUUCUUUCUGUGAUUUAAAAAAAAUAAAUAAAUCAAAAAAAAAAUCAUGACAUCAGUGUUUUCGGGAGCUGCUUCCUCUCAUUGGAGGACUCUGCUAAUAUGUGGCUGCUCCACAGCACGUUUUCUUUGGAACAUCUCCCGUGUAAACGCCAUCAUCUGACUGAGAUCUUCUGUAGUGUGGUGUACUGUAUGCAGUUUUUAUCGUUGAAUGGUUGACUUUGUACCUGCCUAAUGUUUUGUGGAAUGUGUGCUUACAGUGUUUUUGUGUUGUGUGUGCGCGUGCGCGUGUGCUGUGACAUUGUGGCUGCUGACGGCCAUACUUGUUCUAAGUUACAUUCUUGGCUUUGUUUUUUUUUUUUUUUUUUUUUUUUUUUCUCCCUGAGAUGAUAAAACUGCUUUCCAUUUAUCAUGUAAGCAAUUUAGAUGCAUAGACUCGCCUUCUAUGCGUAUGCCUAUAUGUAUGUGAUAGCUAUUAAAAAGAAACAAAACAACUUAACAGUGCUCUUUAGUUCCACCGCCGUUCAAGAACCCAUAACACUUAAAUGUGAAUACUUUCAUCCUUAACAUCCUGAACAAAAAAAAAGUUUAAAAAAAAAGGUGAUCGCAAUGCAAACAAAAUCUAUUUUUUAAAUUGUACAUGAGUUCCAGGUAGAGGAGAAUGUACUUAAACAUAUCUACUUGCCAAUAAAAUAUACUGUAUGUAUAUUCCUACAACUUUCCUCCUCUGGCAUGGGGAGGAACCUCUCACAAUGCUUAAAGGUUUAUUGUAUGACUUUCAAUGCAGUUAACCAUGUUAACUUCCUUAAUUAACAAUAAAUGGCUGGUAAAUGCCUCA